AUGGCUGGCCUCGGAUUCCAGAGGCUGGAGGCUGGGCUGGACCUGGCCACCAGAGCCCGGCCCUGUGCAGCCCUCCUGGCUCUACUCUUUGUCCCUGUCUUCUCUGAAGCCAUGCAUGUGGUACAGCCUGCAGUGGUGCUGGCCAGCAGCCGGGGCAUUGCCAGCUUCGUGUGUGAGUUUGCAUCUUUGGGCAAAGCUGCCGAGAUCCGGGUGACCGUGCUUCGACGGGCCAAUGGCCAAGUAACCGAAGUCUGUGCCACGACCUACAUGGUGGAGGAGGAGUUGACCUUCCUAGAUGAGUCCAUCUGCUCGGGCACCUCCAGUGGAAACAGAGUGAACCUCACCAUCCACGGUCUGAGGGCCAUGGACUCAGGACUCUACCUCUGCAAGGUGGAGCUCAUGUACCCACCACCCUAUUAUGCGGGCAUGGGCAACGGGACCCAGAUCUACGUUGUUGAUCCAGAACCGUGCCCAGAUUCUGACUUCCUGCUCUGGACCCUCGCAGCAGUUAGUUCGGGGUUAUUUUUCUACAGCUUUUUCCUCACUGCUGUCGUUCUGAGCAAAACGCUAAAGAAAAGAAGCCAGCUUACAACGGGGGUCUAUGUGAAAAUGCCCCCAACAGAGCCAGAAUGUGAAAAGCAAUUUCAGCCAUAUUUUAUUCCCAUCAAUUGAAGGGACCAUUAUGAAGAAGAAAGACCAUAUUGCAAUUUCUAAGAGC